AUGAAAGGAUCUUUAAGAACAUUCAGGCUUUACUCAACGCUGAACAAUCGCUCAAUAAAGAGAUCACCCUGGGAGGUGUUAUCACUAAAAGAAACAGCUACCACUAAAGAAAUUCGUCACCAGUAUCUCAAACUCGCCAAAGAGCUGCACCCUGACAAAAGAUCUACAGGAGACGCUGCUCGAUUCCAAGAGCUCGCCGAAGCAUAUGAAACAUUAGUAAACCCACAAAAACGACUCUUAUAUAAUGAAUACGCCAGGACAGCAGCAACAAUGCACACACCACCGCCCGGUUUUUACAGACCACCCUCCUAUACCAAUGCUCACUGGGCAGACGAGGCAAAAACAUCGUAUUCAGGAUCCGCAGAAAAUUUUGGAAACAACACAACGAUCAUGUCUUUGCUCGCUGGAACGAUCAUUUUUAUUGCAACCAUGAAUUUUUUCUAUUUUCAAUCCUCCCACUCGGCGUUCAUGGAUGCAGCCAAUGAACAUCAUUUCAAAUCGACUCAGGAUUUGAAAAGGGCGAGGACAGAAGCCAAACUAUUCGGUAAUGACCGGGCUGUCAAAAGGGUCAUUGAUCAGAGGAUGGAUUUAUUUCGUAAACAGCGUCAAGUAAAAGACGAGAAUGAAGAAUGA